UCUCCGUAAAGCAACUGAAAUUAGCUCACCAAUCCCAUUUCUCGAUCGUCCAUCUCCUCUUCAAUCUUCCGGCCUAGCUACGGCGGUCUGUUCAUGGUGUUUCCUGGCACCUGUUUUUUUCAUCGGGGAAUCUUCAACCAGGAUGGAUGGUUCUCUGUUGUUGCAUCAUGAUGAAAAAGAAGCUGCUAGAAGUCCUGAUGAUAUUUCGGUUCGUCGUUUGAAGAAUAGGGAGAGGCAACGUAGAUAUAGAGCUCGUAAGCGUCAAGAAGCUGAUCUAAGAAAGGCUUCAAGUAUUGAUCAAUCAACACCUGUGCAUUACCAGCAGCUGCAUACUGAGUUUCUAUCUGUACCUCUGGAAGUUGAUAUUUCAGUAAGCGGAAUUGCCCCGGGUCAUGGCCCAGAUUACUUGACCCGUAUUCAUUGUCAGAGAGAUUGGAAGAAAGAUGCCAGGACAGCCCAUAUGCACAAGAACUCAGAAACAUGUCCUUUGAAUAAUGGUGGCACUGUAAUUUCAAGCGGAAGUUCAGCGACCUUUGUGGAUGGUGGCGGCCAUCAAGAAAAUCCACUAUUAAAUCCUUCAAAUACUCCAAUUUCGGAUAGUAGUGCAGCAAAUGGAUCCAGCCGAAGGCAUUGGAAAGCAGAGGCAAGAAACAAGAGAAUUUCUGAGUAAAAAAGACCAAAUGAGUGGAGCUGCAUUUUUUUGUUCAAUACAGACUACAGAGGAAAUACUUGUAGAAGCAUCCAGUAUCCAAAGCACUUGGAUUAGAGAGGAUUACUGGUGAGUGAUGUACAAAACAUUUGAUACCUUUCUAGGGUGGAGAGUUGUAGCAGAGUUAGGUUAGUGGUUUUGUUUCAUCUAUUCACAUUGCUUUAGUAGAUAUAAAAUCUGCAUCAUUCUCGACAGGGGUCAUUGGAGUAUGUUAAUUAUCAAGUUCCAAUAACUAACAAAUUUAUCUUUAGUCGUGAUAGUUUUCAUUUUUAAAUUUUGAUUACAUAA